UACUGUGCGUGUCACUCUUCAUGGACCAGAUUUGGAACAUGAUCCCAGCAUCUAUGUGAAUUCACGGAGUCUGUUUGCUGGUCUUGGCUCUGGUCCUCAGAAUCCUGCUUCAAGAUCAAUAUCAUCAACUCCCUUCAGUUGAGCACACUGUUAAGUGUGAGCCAACACCAACAAUCACCUUCACAGAUCCUGAUACUUCUACUGCUACACACACAGACUUAUACAUCUCCUCCUAGAACAUUUAUGAUAGCAGUGCAGUAAUUCUACUUUUUCCUCCAACGUCCACGACGUCACUCUGAAAAACGAGUGCUUCUUUUACUCAACUUGUACUCGUACUUAGAUAUACUGCUGCUUUUACUUUACAUUAGAAUACAUCUGCUGCUCUGACAUCAGUACUACAACUUCAACUAUUAAAUUGGAACACUUGCUUCUCUUAUGAUCCUACAGUAUAUUUUUCUUCUCUUAUCGUGCUACAGUUAUGUAUAAUAAUUGAAAUGUUACUGCUGCAAUAUUUUGUCUCCUCUGCCCCUGCUAAUGUUCCUAUACUUUACUGCUACUCCAAAUGCCUAUUACAGCCUUCUUGCUGCUAAUAGUGUUACUACUACUACUACUACUACCACCACCCCCAAUACUGCUAUCAGUACCAUUAGGUGCUGCCACUUGCACUGCUGUUCUGAACGCUAAUUAUGGCGUAGCUAUUACUACUUAUAUAAUAUACUGUGCAUGUACUACUACUACUCUUCUACUUCAAAAUUGUAUCUACUUUUACUUGAUUCAACUUUAUCUUUUUCAGCAGCUUUUCCUGUGGAUGAUUAGAUGAGAUUAGAUUACAUGGCCUUUAUUGUGACUACAACUCUACCACUGACGCUACUGGCAUUAUUUGUGUGCAACUGUUUAUAACCCCUUGUAGCCAACGCACUGCUUGUGUUAUUUAUCAAAUUCACAACUACUGCUACACUUGCAUAUGCUGUACCUGAACUACUACUACUGCUGUGUUUUUUGUUUGACUACUUAAUAAUAUGUGAUUAGUAACAUUGAAAGUCCUGAAAUCUAUGGCUGAAACUCCUAGUGCUACUUCAAUGGUACAUCUCAAACUACUUCUGCAAAUAUUGAUAAUUCUGGUGUGUGAGGAGUCGCUGCGUAGAUCAUGUCGGUCUUUCCUGAUCAAGUCUUCCUGAUCCCGUCAGCUUGUAAAAGGCAAACCUUGACCCGGUUUACUGGUUGAUAACUCUCUAGAGGAGUGUCCGGGGCUUAUCCACACAGACCUUCCUGACACUCCCAUGUGCCCAGCAUUCUCUGCGGAAUGACGGUCAUUCCACAUCAACAUGUCAGCUAAUGGAGGCGAUACAGCUUCCGCUCAUGUCGAGAUAUGAGCGACUACUUCAUCUCUACACGGCCAAGGAGCCGAAGAAGAGAGUGGUUGUGCCGUUCUCCAGCCUGAGCGAGGAACAGAAGCGGCUCCUCACGUCGUACGCUGGAAACAAGAUCCGAACCAGAAAAUACUCCUUUCUUUCCUUCCUCCCGAAGAAUCUCUUCGAGCAACUGCAUCGCUUCGCUAACGUGUACUUCAUCUUCCUGGCGGCUCUCAACUUUGUGCCAAUUGUAGAAGCCUUCCAGCCUGAGGUGGCUCUGCUGCCCAUCAUCCUGGUGCUAUCGAUCACCGCCAUCAAGGAUAUCUGGGAAGACUACAGAAGGUUCAAGUCCGACUCGUACAUUAACCAACAGCCCUGUCAUGUUUACAGCAGCGAACAGAAGGACUACGUCCAGCAACGCUGGAAAGACGUGCGAGUGGGAGACUUUGUCCGCCUCUCCUGCAAUGAGAUCAUCCCGGCAGAUCUGCUGCUGCUCUACUCCUCCGACCCCGGGGGGGUCUGCUACAUCGAGACGGCCAACCUGGAUGGAGAGACCAAUCUGAAGCAGAGGCAGGUGGUCUCGGAGCUGCACGUGGAGGGAGAAGACUUCAGUCCCGAGAGCUUCUGCAGUCACGUCGUGUGCGAGACUCCCAACAACAACCUCGGCAGGUUCUCAGGUUACAUGGAGAAUCCCAAUGGAGCUUGUGUUGGGCUGCACAAAAACAACCUUCUGCUGAGGAGCUGCACACUCCGCAACACUAAGACCGUGGUGGGCUUGGUGGUCUACGCUGGUCACGAGACCAAGGCCAUGAUGAACAACAGCGGGCCCAGAUACAAACGCAGCCUCCUGGAGCGCCGCCUGAACAUCGACGUGCUCUGGUGUGUGCUGCUGCUGGUCGUCAUGUGUCUGACCGCCUCCGUUGGUCAUGGACUCUGGCUUCUGCAAUUCAAUAACCCAGUCUACCUGGUGGACCAGGACACACCUCCUGCCCUCGCUGGCUUCUACGUCUUCUGGACCAUGAUCAUCGUCCUGCAGGUGCUGAUCCCCAUCUCCCUCUAUGUCUCCAUUGAGAUCGUGAAACUGGGCCAGGUCUACUUCAUCCAGAAUGACCUGCAGCUCUACAACCAGCAGCUGGACUCCAGGAUCCAGUGCCGGGCUCUCAACAUCACAGAGGACCUUGGUCAGAUCCAGUACCUGUUCUCAGACAAGACCGGGACGCUGACCGAGAACAAGAUGGUGUUUCGACGCUGCAGCAUCUUCGGAGUGGAGUAUCCGCAUCGGGACAACGCCCGCAGGUUGGACAUGUACGAGGCCGAGGAGAGGAAGGGCGGGACGCUGAAGUCUGUGGGCAGUCGUCGCACCACCAGCUGUGCCUCGCUGCGCUGCAGCCGCAGCUCUGAGUCGCAGCACGGCUUCGCUGCAGAGUCCCCGGACGAAGACGUCCAGCAGACCACCAGCAACUUCUGCAGCAGCAUGGAGGUGCUUCCAGACCCGGAACUUCUGAGAAAGCUGAGCUUCUUGCGAGCCCCGGGCACCGACGCCCCUGACGCUCCGUCCGUCCAGGAGCUGAGCUACAUCACCGACUUCUUCCUGGCUCUGACCAUUUGUAACACCGUGGUGGUCUCCUCCGGCAGCCUGGCUCCUCACACGGUUCCUGAAGGUCACACACCCCUCAAAUCCUUGGAGGAGAUCAAGCAGUUGUUCCAGAGGUUCAGCUUCUCGCCUCCCUUCAUCUCCUCCGCGAGCGCACUGGAGACCAGGAGCAGCCCGUGCACUUUCACCAAGCGACUGUUCGGUCGGGGCGGGACGGCCUCCUUCUCAACACCCCCCACCAGCACCACUGAGAUCUCGGUGGUCGGCCAGGAGGGCCCUCAGGACGCCUCAAAUCUGAACCUUGAAGAGGAGUCUUCUGUCACCGCAGUGUCAGUGGAUGGAGGUGCAGAAGGUCGUGGGCUGGAUCCCGACUUUCUCAGGACGCAAGGGGACCUGCAGGAGGGUCCUGAGGAGCUACUGUAUGAAGCAGAGAGCCCGGACGAGGCAGCGCUGGUCCACGCUGCCCGAGCGUAUCAGUGUACUCUCCGGGCCCGGUCCGUGGAGCACCUACUGGUGGACCUGCCCGGGUUUGGUCCCGUUGUGGUGCCGCUGCUCCACAUCAUACCGUUCGACUCCAACAGGAAGAGAAUGUCUGUGGUGGUCCGACACCCGCUCACUGGGGAGGUGGUCGUCUACACCAAGGGCGCCGAUUCGGUCAUCAUGGACCUGGCUGAGGACCUGCAAGGUGCAGACGCCGCCGGGCUUCACGCCUGCAUCAGAGACCAAACCCAGAAGCACCUGGACGGCUAUGCACGAGAAGGUCUGCGCACGCUUUGCAUCGCCAAGAAGGUUCUGGAUGGGAAGCAGUACGAGAUGUGGCUGGAGAAGCAGCUGCAGGCCGAGAAGAGCAUUGAGAACCGGGACCAGCUGAUGCUGGAGUCAGCCGAGAGACUGGAGACCAAACUGACCCUGCUGGGCAGCACCGGCAUCGUGGACCGGCUGCAGGAGGAGGUUCCGGAGACCAUCGAAGCUCUUCAGAGGGCAGGGAUCAAGGUUUGGGUUCUGACUGGAGACAAACAAGAGACGGCCGUCAACAUCGCCUACGCCUGCAGGCUGGUCCGAGCCAGCGACCGACUGCUGACGGCCAACUGCGGCAGCAGGGAAGCAUGCGCCGUGUUCCUGGACAGGCUGCUGCGGGAAGUGGACCAGGGUCUGGACGGGGCUCCUGAGUCCUGCAGCGACGGGACGGCCGGCUUCAUCCUGGUGAUAGACGGCCGCACGCUGGGCUGGACCCUCCAGGAGGACCUGCAGAGCAGCUUCCUGGACCUGUGCCGCAGGUGCCGGGCCGUCAUCUGCUGCCGCUCCACGCCGCUGCAGAAGAGCCAGGUGGUCCGGCUGGUCCGGGACCACCUGAAGGUCAUGACCUUGGCCAUAGGGGACGGCGCCAACGACGUGAGCAUGAUCCAGGUGGCGGACGUGGGUGUGGGGAUCUCUGGUCAGGAGGGCAUGCAGGCUGUGAUGUCCAGCGACUUUGCCAUCUCGAGGUUCCGGCACCUGAGUCGCCUGCUGCUGGUCCACGGUCGCUGGUGCUUCUCCCGCCUCCGGAACAUGAUCCUCUACUUCAUCUACAAAAAUGUGAUGUAUGUGAACCUGCUGUUCUGGUACCAGUUCUACUGCGGUUUCUCUGGCGCCGUCAUGACCAACUCUUGGGUUCUGAUCUUCUUCAACCUGUUCUUCACCUCGGUCCCUCCACUUGUCUAUGGCGUCCUGGACAAAGACACGCCUGAGGAGGUUCUGACGGAGCUGCCGGAGCUGUACUCCAACACACACACCUCCAAGGUCCGGGCCCUUGUGGUCUUCUGGGUCACAGUCCUGGAUGCCUUCUACCAAAGUCUCGUCUGCUUCUUCGUACCUUACUUUGUCUAUACUGGAUCGGAUGUGGCGGUUCUGUCCUUCGGCUCGCCCAUCAACGCCUCAGCGCUGUUCAUCAUCCUGCUGCACCAGGUUCUGGAGAGUCACACUCUGACGUGGAUCCACCUGCUGGUUCUGCUCCUCAGCGCGGCGUCCUACUUCUUCUUCGUGCUUCUCUUCAGCGGGUUCUGUGUCACCUGCAGCCCACCCACCAACCCAGUGGGUGUGGAGCUGCUGGCCAUGCGCCACCCACUCUUCUACUUGGUGUGUGUGCUGACCACGGUGGCUGCUCUGAUACCCAGACUUCUGGUCCGGGCUGUGCUCAACAGUGUCGGCAGGACAGCAGAGAGAAGCUCAUCGUCGCCACCUGGCGUCGAGGAAACGUCCACACUGGAACCUCAAACACUCAAAAACUCAGGGAUCAUGAACCAGUGCUGAAAACCCGGACCACACACUCCUUUCACCUCCUGCUAUUGAGAAAGUAUUGCUCCCGUCAGACUCAACGAAUGUGUGAAUAGCGCCCCCAGCUGUCCCAUGUGGAGAGGUGCAGAACUGUGUUACAUAUUUCAAAUUGAAAUAAGGCGUUUACAUCCGAUCAGGUCAGCUGACCUCACUGAAUUUACAUUACAUUAUGACCACCUGUGUAUCGUUGUCUCUCAAAAAGCACUUAUUUGUGAUGUCAUUUUAAAUCGUAAUUGUCUGGAAAAUGUAAUAAAUCACUUAAUUUAAGCAGAAAAUAACGUUACAACGAAAUGUCGACCUCAAGUGGCGGUAAUGAGUCACUGCACAAACCUGUCACCCAUCACCAAAUGCAAGUUUUAACUUGCAACUUCUGUUUAUAUUCCUCUAUACGAGUGUUGAUUAAUUUAUUCUUUAAAGUCGACAACACAUUUCACAGCACAAGCGACCAGAUCAAGGUCGUGUCCCGUCACUGCUCCACUUGGCUGUCGGUCCAAAUUUCAGACGAGUGGUCAUAAUGUAUUGGUUUCUGAGAAUUAUUUUGCAACUAAUCAAACUGACGGUUGAAAUCUGAAAAUAAAAGAAUAAAGUUGACGGGUUUCUCGUCGUCUGUGAGGCCUGGGUGUCGCCAUUUAUUGUCUUGUCAAAUCUGUACAAAAGCGUAUUUACACAAAAAUAUAUUCACAAGUCAAGCGCGCUAAAAGUCCAAUUUAAAAAGUCUCUGUUGUGAGAGAGCUUGAACAAGA